AUGAAUCCCCAACUCAACAAGAUCCUCAAAUGGAGCGUCGAAAACUCCGCUGCCCCCGCCCCAGGCGCUGACCCCUCCGCCGCCCCCCCCCGCAGCACCCUCGACCCCGAAGUCCUCGCCUCCCUCUUCGGCGGCCCCUCCGAAGCCGACCUAAUGAAAGACUCCAUGUCCGCCAUCCUCUCCACCGACCCCGAAAUGACCAUGGAGGCGCGCAUGAUCGCCUUCGACAACUUCGAGCAGCUGAUCGAGAACCUCGACAACGCAAACCUGAUGGAGCCGCUGAAGCUGUGGCAGCCGCUCAUCAGCCUGCUCUCCAGCGACGAGUCGCAGCUGCGCAUGAUGGCGGCAUGGUGCAUUGGCACGGCGGUGCAGAAUAAUGAGAAGAGCCAGAAGAUGCUGUUUAGUGAGGGGGGCAUCCCGCCGUUGGUGGAUUUGGCGAUUAGUGAGAAGGAGACGAGGGAGGUCAGGAGGAAGGCGGUGUAUGCGCUCAGCUCGGGGUUGAGGAAUUUUCAGGAGGCGAUGAAUGAGUUUGUGGAUGAUAUGAAGGAUAAGGGCCAGAAGAACUAUGGGAUUGUGGAUGCGGGGGAUAUGGAUGCUGUUGAUGGGAUUAUCAAUUACUUGAGAGAGGAGGCGUCGAAAUCUGCUUAA